UUGUACACACCUGUACGGCAGCGGACCUAGUGGCGUGUCUAAGGAGGCAAAUCUGACUCAGGAUCUGCAGCACAGUGUGUCGUGUAUAAGUAUUUUUCCCCACUUCAUAACAGAAAAGAGGAAAGCAGGCCCGCCAUUUCCCCUCCUCAGUGGUCUCUUUUUCAGUCCUAGCUUGUAAAGCCGACCGACGGUGGCGGCGGCGACAUCGGCGGGAGGAGGCGGAGGAGAAGGAGGAGCGGCGGAGGCAGGCAGGCGGGCAGGCGAGCGGAGAGACGCAGGGAUCUGGUGUGCCACAUCGGGAUGAGAGGGAGGCUGAGAUCCGGGUCGAGUGAGUCAGCGAGUGGACCUUGCAAUCACGGCAUCCUUAAAAACUGACUGAUUCUGGACGGAGCCGAGCGGCACAACAAUACAUAAACUACCGAACAUUUUUUUUUUAUUGUUGUUGUCAUUUUUCGCUUGUCUUUAUUAUUCCGCCCUCCCUCGGUCUGCGCCUGCCAUAGCCUUAGUUCUGAUUUUCAUUUCCACCAAGCUGGGUGAAGCGGGGGGGUCCGGUGAGGUAGCGGUGUAGGAGGAGGUGGAGGGUUUAUUAAUUUUUUGCUGUUGUUAUUGUUUUCGUACGAGCUCAUAUCUGAAGGCAAACCCAGACGAGCCUCAUAUUUUGACAGCCUUUUGUUGCACUGACUGGAAGCGAAGAUGUCGGGGCAGAGCAUUACGGACAGGAUAACUGCAGCCCAGCACAGUGUAACGGGAUCCGCCGUGUCGAAAACAGUAUGCAAGGCCACCACGCACGAAAUAAUGGGCCCGAAAAAGAAACAUCUGGAUUAUUUGAUUCAUUGCACCAACGAGAUGAACGUGAACAUUCCCCAACUGGCUGACUCGCUGUUUGAGAGGACCACCAACACCAGCUGGGUGGUUGUGUUUAAAUCCCUCAUCACUACACACCACCUCAUGGUCUACGGUAACGAGCGUUUUGUCCAGUAUUUGGCUUCAAGGAAUACACUUUUCAACCUCAGUAACUUUUUGGACAAAAGUGGAUUACAAGGCUAUGACAUGUCUACAUUCAUCAGGAGGUAUAGUCGAUACCUGAAUGAGAAAGCAGUUUCAUACAGACAGGUUGCCUUUGACUUCACAAAAGUUAAACGCGGAGUGGACGGCGUAAUGAGGACCAUGAAUACAGAGAAGCUGCUGAAGACUAUCCCCAUUAUUCAGAACCAGAUGGACGCCCUUCUCGAUUUCAAUGUCAAUGCCAACGAGCUGACUAAUGGAGUCAUCAAUGCAGCCUUCAUGCUGCUCUUCAAAGACUCCAUCCGGCUCUUUGCUGCUUAUAAUGAAGGCAUUAUCAACCUGCUUGAGAAAUACUUUGACAUGAAGAAGACUCAGUGCAAAGAAGGUCUGGACAUCUACAAGAAGUUCCUCACUCGAAUGACCCGGAUAUCAGAAUUCCUGAAAGUAGCAGAGCAGGUGGGAAUCGAUCGAGGAGACAUUCCAGACCUUUCACAGUUCACAGUUUGUGCUCCUAGUAGCCUUCUCGAAGCUCUAGAGCAACACUUGGCCUCUUUAGAGGGCAAAAAGGUCAAAGAUUCCACUGCAGCCAGCAGGGCCAGCACUCUGUCCAAUGCUGUGUCAUCACUGGCCAGCACAGGGAUGUCUUUCACUAAAGUCGAUGAGCGAGAGAAGCAGGCGGCUCUCGAGGAGGAACAGGCUCGACUCAAAGCUCUCAAGGAACAAAGGCUUAAAGAGCUCUCCAAGAGGCCUUCAUUUGCCACGACUGAUACAUCACCAAUCUCCACCACUGGGGGUACUAUCAGCACAGCACCAGCCAUUGAUCUCUUCUCUACACCCAGCUGCUCCAAUGGUGCAGUGAAGAUGGAGAGCGACCUUUUUGACCUGCAGCCUACUUUCCAGCCCUCCAUGCAAUCAGGCACCACAGGGCUUCCAGCAGCGACAGCAUGGGCAGAUCCUUUCACGUCUACUGAAGCUGGAGAUGAUUCCAUGCCAAACCUUAACCCUUUCCUCUCAAAACUCGUUGUCGAUGCCACUCACUUACCUGUCGUGUCUUCAGACGGUGUUAGCUUUUCCUCUAGGACAUCUGGUCAUGAAGUGUUUGGUGAUCGUUACAAUCCCUUUAUUGACACAAACUCAUCCGUUUCAACCAAUUACAAACGCACAGUGCGGAUAGAGCACUCCAUCUCAGACUCCUUCUGUGGUCCAGUGUCCAUUGCCCAGCACCUCCCACAUCAGGCUCCCUUCCCCACUGAGCCCUCUUCUGUAGCAGGUCUAUUCAGAGGAUACUCAACACCACAGGCCCCUCCACAGCCAUCAGCGGGGGGACUGCAAGUGGACUUUGAGUCAGUUUUUGGAGCCAAAGCCACAGGCAGCAGUAGCCUCAAUUCUGAUGAUAUUACUGGGGGUAUCCUGAAACCGACUCUUGCCGGCUCUAACCAGCCGUCCAAUCAGCAGCCAGAGAAGUUGGUGUCAGAUGACCUUGACUCCUCCCUGGCCAACCUUGUGGGCAACCUCGGCAUUGGAAAUGGCACGAUGAAGAAUGACAUCCACUGGAGCCAGCCAGGGGAGAAGAGGAUGACCGGCGGCACCAACUGGCAGCCCAAGGCGGCGCCAACUACGACCUGGAACCCUGUCUCCAUGCCUCCGUCGAUCAUGGCCUUCCCUGCCACCACACCCACAGGCAUGAUGGGAUAUGGCAUGCCUCCACAAAUGGGCUCUAUGGGGAUGAUGAAUCCGCCCACCAUGAUGUACUCCCAGCCGGUCAUGAGGCCACCCAACCCCUUUAGCUCUGUGUCUAGUGCUCAGCCCUCUGCAGCCUCUAGUCCUUCCAGCCAGAGUCCUCUCCGAGCCCCUGGACAGGACCCGUUUGCACACCUCUCUCUCAAGGAUUUCUUGUAGAGCAUCUCUUUAGAUGCAGUUCAUGUAAUUUGAAGGAAGUGACUCUUGGAAGAUGAAAGCACCCAAGCAGCAAAACUUUGUCCUCGUUGCAGUCUUCAGAGAAACAUUCACACAAUGGUGCAGCGACUGUCAGAAACCAUGCUAACAAUGUCCAGAUGACGUUUGGCGAUAGCUCACACCCAUUAUUCUAUAACUUGUCCGAGACGUCGAGUGAUGCUGCUGUCUAACCCACCCACCCCUUAAGAGGACUCCUUAUCCGUUUUACAGUGUAAUCUGUAAAGAUAGUUUUGGGUGCUGAGAAACUUAAAUGUUGAUGUAUUUGGACAUGCUGUGGUUGGAUGUAAAGGGUUGAUGUUCAGAGGGGAGGGAGUGGAAGGGAAAGUAGAGCAGUCCUUCCCUUUCUUGAUCCAGUCAUCAGUCAUCUAUUCCCUACGGUUAUUUAACUGUCACUAAGUAGUGAUGCUAAUGACGUUUACACCUGUUUAGUUUUUGUCUUUUUUACCGUGUUUACAGUAGACAUUCCUUGUGUGUUGUUUGUAUUUAUUUAUGAUUAUUGGUUUAAGAUUGGGGGGAAAAAAUAAUAAUAAUGUAAAAACUACAGAACACGUGGGAGUGCUUCAGCAUUAAACAAGGAUCUCAGACUAUCAUUAAGAGAUAGAGUUAAAAAAAAAAAUAGCUAUUAUAUAAAUGACACCUAUUAAGCGGAAUGAUAGAGCACUAAAUAUUCUUUUUGUGUUAAGAAAAUUUUCUACUAGGUGAAGGACUUCACAGUCCCCGUUGUAAUUAAAGUGCAGGGGUUAGAAUACAAGUCAGUUAACAGUAUAUAGUUGAUUCUGUGCCUAGGGUUUUACUUUGCAAUGGAUCAGUUUUUCUGACUAGUUGGAAAAAAACAAACAAAAAACAAAAAAAUAACACACUUCAUCCACGAAUCUGAGGCGUCGCACUGGGUGGUGGGCUCCAUUUGCUUUAAGCUUGGCAUGCCAUUGACUCACUGACUGUAAUCAAGGCUGCCUUUACUCUGAAUGUGAACGAGUUGUCUUCAUGUUGCACACAUCUUUCCACACUGCAGUUCCUCAGUGAGAGGGGGCGGGGGUGGGAGGGCGGAUGGCGCGUCCAGUGGAGGGGAAAAGAGUCACAGAUUAGUUGUAAAUUAAUUGUAUAAAAGAUCCCGAGGGCAGGGUGGCAGAGGAGACGCACUGUUGAUCGGUGCUCUGUGUAUAUAAAACCUGACUGUUCUUUGAACGCAAACGUUGAAAGAUGUAUGAAAUAUGAAAGCAAUUCAAUCAAAUUUGACUCUACCUAAGUUUGAUUCAGGAUAUUCUCUGCGUUUGUCUCCGCAGAUGUUUUCUUUAUGUAAUUAGAACGUGUAGCAGACAAUGACUGAAGUCUUUUCUUUUCUUUUUCAAAUAAAGAGCAGCUUCCACAAA